AUGAAAUCAUGCCAAGAAUUAUUGGCGGAAAUGCGUGAGAAAAUAAUAAAUGCAAAAGAACAAUUAGUUAUUGAAAAAAAAGAAUUAUGUAAACUCGAAGAAAUGGUAACGAAUGAAAAAAAUAAAUGGUCGAAAGUCACAUCGGAAAAAAAAAAAUUAAUGCACAUAAAUCAAAAGAAAAUAAAAGCUAAAAGGACGGCUGUUGAAAAUUUAAAAACGGAUUACGAGGAAAAAUUAAAAAAGCGUAAAGAAUUGGAAAAUGAAAAUGAUAAAUUGAAAAAAGAAGUUGUCAAAGCUCGUAGAAAUCAACAGAAUUCAACGGAUUACGUCGAAAUCGCUAAUUUGGAGGGGAUUUUAAACAGGAUACAGGAUAAACAAAAAAGUACUAAAGAAAUAAAUUCCUGGAUGAAAUCUGCACAAGCCGCUGAAGAAAAUCAAUUGAAUGCUGAUAACGAUAAGAAAUUCAACGAAGAAUUAUUAAUAAAUUUUAGUUAUGGAAUAUACGAUACGAAUACAUUAAUAAAUUUCAGUUCGGCAUUAAUAAAAUAUUAUCCAUCGAGUUGUAUAAAAAUAAUACACGAUGGCGGUAAAUCAAAUGAAACGGAAUAUGAAAAAUAUCAAUUAUUUAAAAUCAUAAGUUAUGAAUUAUCAAUGGAUUAUGGUUUUUGGAUGAUUUUAAUUGAUUCUCCAAUAAAAAAAUUUUUUUCAAAUGUUAACACGCCAUUUAAUGCAGAAAUAAUCGUUGGAAAAAUGGAUAAUGAUAAGGAAAAAAUAAAACUUUAUGAAAUUUAUAGAGUCGAUUAUGAUUAUCCGUUGAGAAUAAAUUAUUUUGGUUCUUGGUCAUCCUCAAAUAAUAAUAUUUAUUUUAAUAAAAAUCAUAUUUAUGCAAGAAGAUACGAUUUGGAGGGUAAACUUUUGAGGGUUGGUUCGAUAGAGAAUUGGCCAAUGUCUACAUUUAUUAAUGAUACCUGGGACGGUUAUUUUCCAAGGAUAUGGAAAGAAUUGGAAAAACAAAUCAACUGUACAACAAAACCAUUAAAAUCUAUAGAUAAUGCAACUGGAGUACUUAAAUCAAAUGGUUCAUGGAAUGGUUUGGUUGGAAUGAUUGUUAGAGGAGAACUUGAUGUUAUUUCAUCAGAAAUAACAAUGAAUAAUGAAAGAUAUUUGGUUCUUAAAUUUUCAAGACCAGUAUUUUUUUGUGCACUUGGUAGUAAUUUAAAAUGGACGGCAGUUUUAAAUCCAUUUUCAAAAGGAACAUGGUUGGCUGUUUGUCUUUGGAUAUUAUCCGGUCAUCACAUAAUUCCUAAAUCUUUAGGAUGUAAAAUUAUUUUUUUAACAUCAUAUCUUCUUUCGGCUGUUCUCGUACCCUCAUAUUCUGCUUGGCUUAUUUAUUCGUUGACACAUCAUACUCCCACGAAACCUUUUAGAAAUUUCAAGGAGUUUUUAGAAAAUGAAAAAUAUCAACUUAACAUAAUAAGAAAUUCUGCACAGCAAAGUUAUUUCAAGAGAUCGGUUGACGAUUUGCAAAAAUCUGUUUAUUCUAAAGUAAGAAAAAAUAAAUAUAGAGUGUUGAGUGUUAAAGAAGGUUUGGAACGAAGUCUUUGUGAAACAAAAUACGAGGCAUUUUUUGGCGUUGAAGCAAUCGUUAAAAUGCAUUUGGAACACAGUUCGUUGCAUUCGUGUUGUCACGUGACAACAUUUUCAAAACCUCUUUCACCGGUUUAUCAAUCGUUGGCAUUUUUAAAAGAUUCUCCCUAUAGCGGAUUGAUUAAUUUCAAGCUUUUCACGACCGGAAUAAUUGAUAAUAUUCAAAAAUAUUUCCAAUAUAAACGUCACCAAUCAUCUCAGUAUAAAGAAGUUGAAGUUGAUAUACAAGAUGCUUUUCAAAUAUUCACGCUUCUUUUUCUAGGACUUUUAUUAUCGAUUGGACUUCUUAUAUUCGAAAGAAUAUAUCAUGAAAAGUAUAAAAAAAAAUGUGAAAAUAUUCAAACUCGUCAAAUGAAAAAAAUCGAUGAGAAAAAUUACAAAUCAUGUAAUUAUUGUCAUUUGUCAAAUUGCAAAUGUGAUGAUGAUAAUUUAUUCACUCACGAAACAGAUAAUGCUCAUUUGAAAAUAUUAAAACACUGA